GCGGAGCGGGGGGCGGGGCGCGGAGCGGGGUGGGCGGGGCGGAGCAGCGCGGCGGGGGCGGAGCAGCGCAGGUCGCCCGCCGCUCGGGCGUCCGUGGCCUGGAAGGCGGGGCGGUCGGGCCCCGGAAGGCGGCUGGAAGGAGCGGGACUCCGGGUCAUGGCGGUGCCGGGCGCGCUGCUGGUGAUGGGCGUGAGCGGCUCGGGGAAAUCGACCGUGGGCGCCCUGCUGGCAUCCGAGCUGGGAUGGAAAUUCUACGAUGCGGACGACUAUCACCCAGAGGAAAACCGAAUGAAGAUGGGAAAAGGGAUCCCGCUGAAGGACCAGGACAGGAUUCCAUGGCUCUGCAACUUACAUGACAUUUUACUAAGAGAUGUAGCCUCUGGACAGCAUGUGGUUCUAGCCUGUUCGGCUCUGAAGAAAGUGUACAGAGACACCUUAAUACGAGGAAAAGAUUGUGCACCCCUGAAGUGUGAUGAGACGGGGAAGGACAAACAGCCAGCUGAGGUGAAGCUCCUUGUGGUCCAUCUGAGUGGGUCGUUUGAGGUCAUCUCUAGACGUUUACUUGAAAGAAAAGGACAUUUUAUGCCCCCCGAGUUAUUGCAGUCCCAGCUCGAUAUUCUGGAGCCCCCAUCGGCUCCAGAAAAUUUCAUCCAAAUCAGUGUAGACAAAAAUCUUUCGGAGAUAAUUGCUACAAUCACGGAAGCUCUAAAAUGAGAAUGGUUUCAGAUCGGGGGUCCAGAACAAUCAAGCAGACAUGUCUAGCCCAUGAUCCCAAACUGUGUUCUAGCGUCUUUGCCAAUACCGUAUUCUAAAUUCUUGGGGUGAACAAACCCUAGUGUACUGAGCUAUACUUGUCUGGGUAUAUUUUUAGGAAUCUGUGCUCUGGCACCUGGGGAGGAGACAGGAGGGAACUUUGAAAGUAAAGCUUCAACAGAAAUCCAAAUUCCUGUGACCUAAUCAGACAUCAGAGGGAAUCCUAUAAUCGAUACUGUGAAUCACAACCUUAUUCAAAACAUCCCUGAUUGUGUCUGUAUUUGAACAAAUAAAUGAAACUUGGCUAUC